UGCCGUGAGGCGCGCUCCGAUGCCCAGCGCCAAGGCGAGGGCGUCAAGCGGCUCCGCAUGUUGCUGGCUCAGGCCAAGGCCCUACUCAAGGAGCAGGGGGUGCCGUUCAUGGAGGAUGACCCGGGUCUGGAUCUGCUAGCAGCUGCUGAUGAUGAUGAUGAUGCAUUUCCACGUCUUUUUCCCCCCUCCCUGCCCUUCGUGCACCUCUUUGCACAACCACAUUCAGAGUCCGAUGCCCCGCUGUUCAAGGCGCUAGACGCCCGAGAGCGGGAGAAGGAGACGCAGCGGCUUCAGUCUGAGGUUAUGGACCUCGCCGCACAACUGGCGGCCGCAAAUAAGGAGAUCAAAAAGAUGCGCAAGGCGGCGACGGCGGCGGCGGAUGCGGCGGUGGCGGCAGAGCGGGAGCAGCGGCUGCAGUUGGCGUCGACGAUUGAGGGCCUGGCGGCGGAAGCGGAGGCCGCCAAGGACGCGGCACGUACGGCACAACGGCAGUUGCAAGAAGCCAAGCACGAGGCGGGCGACUUACGACGCCAAAUUGCGGAGCUUAACGACAAGCUCACGCGGGCGAAGCUGGAUGGGGAAUAUNUGCGUGCAAGGGCGGCAGCAGGCAAGAUGAAACCCAAGCUGAGCCACGCCCGCGCCCUCAGCAUUAGCAUCAGUGCUUCUGCGCCAAUUGUGGGCAUCGUAGGCGCGCUGGCGCAGUCGAAUGCUCGAUGGACCCUGGGGGCCGAGCUGAGCGGUGGGGAUUGA